AUGUUGAUAUUGUAUUCUCUAGGUUCUGAUCCAUCAGUAGAAGUAUUAUUUGUUGAUUAUGGAAAUGGAGAGUCUAGGAAGCAGUCCCACCUGAGGAACUUACCACAGAAGUUUGCUAGUCUGCCAGCACAGGGCAUUCUGUGUGCCUUAACACAGGUUGCUCCAGACAAUAAAUACAAGAUAUGGACUGAGGAAUCCAUGACUCUCUUCUCCCAGCUUGUUUCGGGGAGGAGGUUUAACUGCAUGCCUUACUAUUUGUCAGAUGACCCAUCCCUUCCCACUGUAGUUGGAUUAUUUUUUAAUAUCCCAGAACAGAUUAUAAAGGAUGGAAAUAUUGUCCUGCAGCCAGGACCGAAGCAAAUCAGUAUCCAUGAAUACAUGAUUGAAAAGGGUUUGGCAAAAUCCAUAUCAUUGGAGGAGCAGCUUCAGUUGUUAAACUGCUCUCCUGUAAAGGAGGAACUAAAAGACAGUCUGAGAAAGGAUGGGAAAGGUGUGACAUCAAGUGACAGUGAGGACUGCAGGAAACCAAACAAAGACCACACAACCUCUGUAGAGAGUAAGUCUAAGUUUAACAUAGGGAGCAGUGUGGAGACAUUGUCUGAUAGUACACACAGUGUACCACGCUUACCCAAGUCUUCUACUAGGGACGAGAGAGAGCGUAAGACUAAAGCCGAGAAGGAAAAAAGAGAGGCCAGAGCUAAACAGAAACAGAAAGAUUCCCAGGACAAAUCCCAAGUCAAACUGUCCAAAACAGAAGAGGCUAAUUCAAAGGAGGUAUCAAAGUCCACAGUAAAGAAACAGCGUGACAAAGAUCAUGUAGAGGAGGCUUCUGAUUCCGCUGGACCUGUGUGUUCUACUCCCAGAGAUAGAGACAAUGUCCAUAACAAUCUGAAUGUAGAGAAGACACAGGACAAGAGGACAGUACAGGAAUCUGCUCAGAAUAUCACAGAAGUCAAGAUACAGAACAUGGCCGAGGAUUCUGUGUCAGUAAAGUCAUUGUCAGAGUCAGAGUGUCUGACUACGACGUACACUGUAGACAAGUCAGUCAAUCUCCCCUCUAACAUUAAUGUAGACAUCCCCGGUCUUAUGGUGAUGCUAUCUCAUGUUGAAUCUCCAUCCAAUUUUUAUGUCCAUCUCGUGUCCGAAUUGAGUGCUAAAACUAUUGAUCAUUUGCAUCUUAGUCUGAAUAAGACAAUGGAGCAGAUGUCUCGGAAGCAGCUACAGAAGAUGAGCAAAUCUUUCCAGCCCUCUGUGGGAGAUUUAUGUUGUGUCUUGUUUACUGAGGACAAUCAGUAUUACAGAGGACUGAUAACCCAGCUAGAGAUGACCUCUCCCUCCAAGGCCAAUAAAACAUCAGAAGAUCCAGAAUAUGUUGGAAAAGUUCAUGUAUUUUACAUAGACUUUGGUAAUCAUGAAGUCGUCCCCAAGCGCAGGGUGUUCCCCCUACCCCAGCAGUACACGGAUCUCCCCGCCCUGGCUGUCCACGUCAGCCUGGCCUACAUCCAACCCACAGUCCCCAGAGGAUCUCCCAAGAAGGAGGUGCAGUGGACAAAGGAGGCGGUGGAGAAGUUCAUCUCUAUCACAGGGUUUGAUUCGGCCAUGAGUAUGAUUAUUGUGGAUGGAGGAGAUAUUCAGAAAAUGCUGGAAAAUCACCCUCGUGUAGUGGUGGAGAUGCCCCCAUUACAAGUGUUGUUAGUAGAUACCUCUAAGGAGGAGGAGGAUGUGUGUGUCAAUAUGGACCUCAUCAGACUGGGUCUGGCCAGGCUGUGUGCUGUAGAAAACCCAUCAAAGGAUACUACUGCAGAUGAAACACCAAAUGUGACCUCUCCAGAUGAUAUACAGGACUGGAACCCGAUGUUGGAGGAUUACAUGGACGUCAGGAACUCCUACAGGGUGGACGUGGACGACGCCGGAGUAGCCACCGUGGGCAUCAAGGCCCAAGAUGAAAAGAGGAUUUGUAGAUUUUACCAAAAGAACAAGUGCUGGCGAGGGGAUAAGUGUCCAUACAGACAUGUCAUUGUCGCAGAAGGUGCCCUGACAGGAGAUGUGGACUACGUGUACGGGGAUGUCAUGGAGGAGUACCACCAGGAUGAACUUCCUGACCCGGGAUCCUGGAUUGCCUGUGAGGUGUCCACCAUCUUAAACCCUUCACACUUCUAUAUUGUCCUGCCUUUUGGUAAAGAACCCCUGGCAUCUCUAGAACCAGCCAAAAAAGAAG